UGGUUACUUGUUGACCGUGUUAAACAAUUAGCGGGAACGGUUUUUUUUGUGUUAACACCUAGCUAACGCUAUUGUUAGCUUGUUUCAAAAUCGUCAUCAAAAACAAGCUAUACUGUUUGUAUUGUUUUUGUUAAAAUAUUGUUUCAUUGUUGCCAUCUUUAAUUUUGUGUCCUCUCACAACUGCAAUGGCGUGUGCACAGCGAGUUAGAACUUCUCAGGACACUCAGCUGUUGCCGAAUCAGGUUAUCUCCGAGCAGCAGUCCUUGGUUGUUAUAAAGAAGCUUCUGGCCAUCGCAGUGUCUGGCAUCACAUACCUCCGGGGCCUUUUCCCAGAGAAAGCCUACGGCAACAAAUAUAUCGAAGAUCAGAAAGUGAUGAUCCUUAAAGAGGAGCUCAGCUGUCCCGGUUCCAGUCAGAUUGUUCAAUGGAUGCAGGGAUGCUUUGAGGCCAUCCAGAAGAAGUAUCUGCGGACAGUCAUUAUGUCUAUCUACACUGACCCAGAGAACCCCCAGAAAGUGACUGAGUAUUACCAGUUUAAGAUCCAUUACACGGCAAAAGGAGCACAGAUGGACUUUGAAAGCAACAACAACAACAACAACAACAACAACGUGUCGUCGAUGUUGUGCGGCAACACGAAGAAGGCUAGCAUCCUGCUGGUGAGGAAGCUCUACACUCUGAUGCAGAACCUCGGUCCUCUGCCAGACAAUGUCUGCCUCAACAUGAAGCUGGCUUACUAUGACAACGUCACUCCUCAGAACUACCAGCCGCCAGGCUUUAGGGAGGCAGACGGCGACACCAUGGAGUUUGAGAAGGAGCCGGUCAAGCUCACCAUGGGCGAGGUGGCCACUCCCUUCCACACUCUGAAGUUGGACAUGGCCACAGAGAGACAGAGACUGGAGCAGGUGGAGGAGAGCGUUCAUGUGACAGAGAAGUGGGUUCUGAACAUGGAGGAGGAGGGCGUCCAGUCGCAGACUCAUGUGAUUGAAGACGUGGAGACGCCUGACAACGACAACACAGACUUGGACAACACUGAGAUCCAGAUGAGCUGUCUUGAGAAGAUGGAGAGCUGUCAGGAAGUCACGGAGAUGGACGCUCUGGUGAAGAAGACCUCUGAGAUCAUGGAGGUGGGCCUGAAGAGGACCAGGAGUGGACGGAUCAUCAAGUCUACAACGGAGACAAACCUGACUGUGAACAGCCAGAAGCCGACAGCGAUGAAGGACAAAGCGAUUUCUCAGUUCGACAUCCCCAACAGCCAGGAAACGCCGUCCUCCCAGCCUAGGAAGAAGCGCAAAUUCAGCGAGCCCAAAGAACACUACUGACGUCACUCGUCAUUUACAUUAAUGUUUUUUAAAUUUCAAUUUUGAUUACAACAAGUUACAUAGGUGUUUUUUAAAGGGAAUUCCACUCCUUAUUGCUUUUGUUUUGGGGUUGCGAUAAAACAGUUUGUUUGCUCUACAGUUUAUAUAAAUCCUACGCUCAUCCAAAAUGUGGACAUGUCCCAUUUUGGAUGUUAGAAUACUGGUUAACAAAUGUAUAAACUAACAGUAUUUCAGUUGUUUUUUAAUGUCUAUGAUUGUUUAAUUGUUAUCACUGUUUACAAAGCUUGAUUUUGUACU